GUUUUAGAAGUCGUUAUGUGAACGGAUAAAAUACACUCAAUGCGUUUUUAAAGUGUCAAUGUCACGCCGCUACUUUGGAUCGUAACAUUGACAAAACGUUUCCUAGUCAACCUGAAUUCAGCGUGUUUGAAAAAUGCCCCGCGUCAUGAGCGCUAACGUCAUACAGAGUUACCUGAUCUUAUCAGCACGCGCAGUUGAAGAAUCUCCUCAGUGCUGUUUUCAGCGAAAGCGACGACGGAUUACACGAUCAGUUGCUAUCAAGUGUUUGCAGACGGUCAGUUAGCGACAAUACAAAACUCGACAAGUCCGCACGGACAGACAGACGAUCGUGAAAUAGAGCGAGUUAAAGCGCUUAACAUCACGUCUUCAUCUGUACGAGCUACAGCGAACGACAUGGAGAGAAAGCCAGAACAACAAACAGAUGGGAAGAAGAAGAAGAAGGGUGUGCGUGCCUGGUUCAAGAAAAGAUGGCGGGCUGUGAAGCACACCGUCUCUUGCACCCAAAGCAAUGAAGUGGUGCCUUUUCAUACACAGUCUGACCAGGAUCCAUCAGAUCCUCAGCCGGGUCCAUCUGAACAGCCUUAUCUACGUGUCUUUAAGCCGGCGGUCUUGGCAGACACAGCUGAUUGCCCUGGUUGUCACUGUGAGCAAACGCCUCUUGAAGAUCCGGUCGAUCCUCAGCAAGAUCCUUCUGGACUCAAGCAAACAGCUCCUGAAGAACCAGCGGACCACCGACCAGCUCCGUCUAACCAACAACAAACAGAUGGGAAGAAGAAGAAGAAGGGUGUGCGUGCCUGGUUCAAGAAAAGAUGGCGGGCUGUGAAGCACACCGUCUCUUGCACCCAAAGCAAUGAAGUGGUGCCUUUUCAUACACAGUCUGACCAGGAUCCAUCAGAUCCUCAGCCGGGUCCAUCUGAACAGCCAUAUCUACGUGUCUUUAAGCCGGCGGUCUUGGCAGACACAGCUGAUUGCCCUGGUUGUCACUGUGAGCAAACGCCUCUUGAAGAUCCGGUCGAUCCUCAGCAAGAUCCUUCUGGACUCAAGCAAACAGCUCCUGAAGAACCAGCGGCUUCCCAACCUGGUUCAUCUAACUUGAGUCCAUAUGCUCUGAGAAUACUCAGUUAUUUUCGACCACCUAGGUUUUUCACCUAUCCCGCUCCAUGGAUGUAUGAGCAACCGUUUCUUGAUGAAUUGGAUGAAUAUAAAGCGUUUUCGUCGCUUUAUGAGGUGGGAACAAAGAAUCUAGGAAAAGGACACCAAGGCAUUGUGUAUGAGGGGACUCGCAGGUCCGAUGGCCUAAAGGUCGCCAUCAAAUUUAUGCACAAGUUUCCACGCUUUGACAAAUAUAUUCACGUUCCUGGGCAUGACAAGCCUCUCUUCUCAGAAGUGGCUCUAAAUCUGCUGCUACAGAAACCAGAGAAAUGCCCCAACAUUGUGGAUCUGAUGGACUGGUUUGAAGAGGAGUACACCCACAUCCUCGUUCUGGAAUAUCCAUAUCCCUGUUUCACCGUGAAAGAUUUCAUUCGCGUUGAACGUCUGUCUGAAAAUCAGGCACGUGAUCUCAUGCGUCAAGCAGUGAACGCAGCCAAACACUGCAUUGACCACAACGUCUGCCAUGGUGGCUUGGAGGUCAGAAACGUCCUGAUCAAUGUACAGACCAUGACGCUCAAGUUAAUAGACUUUGGAUGUGGCCACUUUGCCUCAACUUGGGGCGAACCAGGCACUAAAAUCUACGGGCGAGCUCAUGCGGUCGCCGAUACGGUCUAUGGUUUGGGUAAACUGCUCCUCUAUUUGACGCGUAGCGAUUGGGUGAUUCAAUUCUAUAAUCAUGUUAAACUGGACGACCCUGAGAUCAAAGACCUUGGUUUAACUGAAGAAUGCCUUGACUUGAUCAAUCGGUGCAAGUUCGCUCCACAAGCCGACAGGCCAACAUUAGAAGAGAUCCUCGACCACGAGUGGUUUAAACAGGGCUAAAGGUCAAGAGUAUCUUAUGUUUUUCUCUACUUCAGUCAGUGAUAUUAGCAGAUCCAGUGGUCUUUCCAGGAAAGUUUUUGUCCUUCAGUUAGUGCAAUGCAUAUGAUUUUCUCUAGAUGGCGUUUUAGAAAGUCUUGUUUGAUUAAGCCUGAUGAGUCAACAUCUCCUGACGCUCCUGCUUGAACCGGUUUAUUUUUUCCACAAAUUCGUUUUUUUUCCUGAACUUCGUUUUCCAUGUUUUACUCUUCAGUAAUACAGUAA